AUUCAAAUUUUACCAAAAUUCACUGUGUAUCGAAACUCGAAUAGUACGACUUAGUAAAAAUGAAAGUAUCUAGUCAAUUUCAUGAAAAUCCAACUGAUUACAGAGAAAUCAAACUUCCAGUUCCGUGGGGUCACAUUUGUGGAAAAUGGUGGGGACCCAGUAACGUUCAACCGAUCGUUGGUAUCCACGGUUGGCAGGACAACAGCGGCUCUUUCGAUAAAUUAGCACCGUACCUCGUAGAACGCGGUUUGUCUUUUUUCUGCAUCGAUUUGCCCGGCCACGGUUUUUCGUCUCACAUCCCGCAAGGUCUCGUGUACGAUCACUACUUCGACGGGGUGUACUACGUGCGUAGAAUCGUGAAAACCUACCGUUGGAACAACGUUACCUUCAUAGGACAUUCUCUGGGCGGUUGCAUAAUAUUUUUGUACGCGUCGAUUUAUCCCGACGACGUCUCCAAGUACGUCAGCCUCGACACGUGCGGCCCUUGCGGCAGAAACGCCAUAAAGGUCCUACGUCAAGCCAGUCUCAACAUAGAUCAAUUGUUCGACGCGGGGGAAGAUUUUUGUUACGGCUACGACGAAAUGCUGAAUAUAUUGAAGGACGGUCACAACGGAUCUUUAGAUAAAGAAUCCUGCGAAAUUUUGCUUAAGAGGGGAUUAAAACCGGCGAAGGAUAAAGAAAAUUGUUACGUAUUUACCAGAGAUCCGAGAUUGAGGAUUAACGCGCUGCCCUUUUUUACCAUAGAUGAAAUAAAGGAUUUCGCGUCGAGGAUAACUUGCGAGGUUUUGAAUAUCAGAGCUAACCGAGGUACGAAAUUCGACGAUCCCGAAAAUUACGACAUAACUUUAGAUGCGAUAAAACGUCAGGCUAAACGAUUCGAAAGGGUUGUCGUCGAGGGAACGCAUCACGUACAUUUAACUAAUGCCGAUAGAAUUGCUCCUAUUAUUCUAAAUUUUCUAAUUAACCGUACGGAGUAGAUUUCAUUCUUCUACUUCAUGUCGAAAUGUUCUUCUUUUUCUCGAUUGGAUCGCUUCGAUUUCUUCUUUUUUGUUCUAUACAUCCGUGACUUCUGUCAUGUAAUCUGUCAAAACAUUCGUAAUACAAAUAAAUGGAUAUCGAUUGUAUAUGUUCAGGCUCAAUACUAUCACCCUUCCUAAACAAAAAAACCAAAACCACCAAAGUGAUUGACCAAAUUUGGAUCAAAGGCAACGACUGGAAGUUAUAGACUGCAAAAGAGACCAAACAAGAAUGUUUUGGGUAUAACCGCAGAAAACAUCGACGAAAUGAGAACCUAACCUAACUAAAUGAACGUCCCAGUUCACCAUUCAUCUCUAGGUCAUCAAUAAUUGACGCCCUUUGUGCAUAAUGUAUACGAAAUUUCAUCAGGAUCCGAGAAAGGAUGUAUUGGAGACGGAGUAGCCAGUUUUAAAGCAAAACUAAAGUUGCUUCGUCGCCAAUAUUGAUUGAACUGCCUUGUUUGUAGUAGGACGAAACUUUUUUUCUUUUUCCUUAAUAGAUCGCUGGAAUUUGUCCUUUUUUAUCUUGUAUACGAUUGGAUUUCAUAUCUAUUGGUAGUGGUACCAGUAGGACAAACAAAAACAAAGUUUGAUUAGUAGUCGAUUGAACAUUCUCAAGCAGUGGUGUCAUAUCUACAUAACAGUUCCCCGUUCGCGCCCAUAGACAUUAUUAUACUGUUUUGUGGCACAUUUAGAGUUGGUUUGUUGUGGAAUCGAUGGUGAAUCUUUCCUUAUGGUUUGUGUUGUUUUAUGGUUGAAACUAAAUGGAUUCUGACAUCAGCGGAAGCGAUGCACAGAGUUCUAGGUUAGGAACUUCGUCACGAAAAGCUAGAAAAAGGCACUACGACCAAAAAUAUUCGAAAUUAUGGGAGAAAGACGAGGAAUUUGCAGGUUGGCUUCAAGGAAGUACAAAAUCGUGUGUUUAUGCUCAGUUUAGUUGAAUUAAUAUUCCAUAUAAUAGCUCCAACGUUGAGAGAUUGUUUUUUGCAAUUAAUAAAAUGGAAACCUUCCAGAGAAAUAGAAUUUGCACGGAAACUUCAGAGAGAUUGUUGCUUACUGAAAGAUCCAUGACAAACUACGCAGAAAAUUUGAAAUUUUAGAACAGCUCAAGCAUUUUAUUCUUGGAAAACCUUCUACAUUGAGGUGGUAGAUGGUAGAUUCACUAAUUUUGCAUUUUACAUUCUACCAACUUCUACAUUUGGCACAUCUACUAAUUUUCUGAAAUUCGAGUUAGUCCAGGCAACACUGUCUCCGCAACAACAAGAUCAUUUUCGUCGUCUUCUCUAUGCUGCGAUUUCAGUAGAAGUUGCAGAUGGUUUUGUAAACUCCAAGAUUUUAGUAAUGGGGUCUUAUAAUCUCUUGUUUUAUUGGUUACGAAAUACUUGUUGUAUUUGCAGUUAUCUAGAUUAGAUCUGGUAGCUUUCUUCCUGAUUCUCCAUUCCAGCUUCUUGGCUAUUUCAGAAAAAUAUCUUUGGUCAUUCAAGCUGUUCAUCCCUUUUGAAGCAUCUUUGACUGGUUGUUUCUUUUGUUAUUGUUUUUUGAACUCUUCUGCAUCAAAGAUCUACCAGAUAUGUCGUCGUUCAAAUCAGCAUCAAUACCGAUCUUUAAAACCUUCUGGACUGGAACGGAAGCAAUCUGAUUGAGGUUAAUGCAGCAAAGACCUAGGCUGCUGUGGAUGAGGAUUUGGUCCUGUCUGGAGAUGAAUUCGUUUGUUAGGUCUUGAGGUUGGGAAUUAGCUAUUAACUUCAAUUUAUCAGACUCAUUUCUUUGGAGAAUUGCAAGUCUGUGGAACCAGCUACAAAGACACGUCUUUGUAGAUGAUUCGCUUUUCUCAGGGGACGCAAGGUGGUCAACCACCACCAAAAUAUUGUUCCAAAGGCUGUAGGUACCAAGAUUUAUUUAAUGUGCUAGCAGAUAUUGAUUAUUUUGUCAAGAAGUCAUUUCAUACCUUCACACCAAAAUUUAUUAACAUAGAAAAGUUGUACUUGUAUCAAUAAACAUAUUUUUAUUCUGUCGUA